UCAUUUUGACGGAAGGACGACCAGUAUAGGAUCCAACGCGCAUGCGCGCGGUGUCUUGUUUGUAUUUAUGUUUUAUUGUAAAGUGUAAAUAUUUUUAGUUGGACUUACGAUGUUAAGGAUUAUAAUAAUUUUAAGUGUUUUAGGUAUAAUCGAGUUUCAAAAAUGCUGCGGAGAUUCCAUACAAGAUGACUGGAGAAGACAGGGCUUUUACCGACCACGGCGAAACUUUCCUAGUCAAAGUCAAAAUGACAACUCCUUUCAACCAAACCAUCAUAGCCAGAGCCAGAACUUCAGGCCAGAGCAAGUACGAACAGGUUUUGGUGAGAAUUCUGAAAAUCAAUUUGGGGUAAAUACUUAUCAGAAUUCUCAAAAGCAGAAGUUUGGAGUUAAUAAUAAUCAACCUCAAUACUCAUUUAGAAGAGGCCAGACCUCUACAUUUGCAGACUUACAAACGAGUACCCAAAAUCAAGGAACAUUUGGAGCCAGUUAUCAAAAUGCAAAGCUACCAAGUAGCAAUAGAAAUUCACAAAGUCGAAAUACAUUUGGAUUUAACAGUCAAAGUUCAUUCAGAUCAGAAUAUCACGAUGGAGGUCAAAAUACGGUUAGAUCCAGAGACGGUAAGAAUUCUUUCAGCCUCAGUCAGAAUUUACAAGCACCGGAUAACGGUCAGAAUUCCUUCAAGUCAAGUUUCAGCGGUCAACCUGCAUUAAAUAGUUACAAUAGUCAAGCGUUUGGAAACUUUGGACAGAAAGUCCAGGCUCAAAAUCCUUUGACCAAUUUCCAUAAUCAAAACACUUUCUCCAAUUUUGGUUCUAACUUUGCUAAAGGUCAAAAUUACCAGACAUCUGGCUACCUCCCACCAAAACCCUUCAAAGCGCCAGAAUAUUUACCACCUGAUGAAUCAAAGACCACUUCAACUACAAGAAGACCAUUAUUUACCACUACUACAACGAAACGUCCAUUCUUUACCAUAAGUACAACUCGAAAACCGUUGUAUACUACAACUAAAAGAACAUUUUUUACCACAUCCACUACUAAGCGGCCAUUCUUUACCACCACAUUUAAAAUACCAUUCUUUACCACUACCACGACAAAGCGACCUUUCUUUACUACGACUACCAAACGGCCAAUCUCCACCACUACACCAGAUCAUCAAGAAAUAUUCCCUGAUAGGAUACCGAAACACCCAUUCGGUGAGGUAUCUCCAGCUAUGGCUAUGAUAGUACCACCAGAACCAGAAGAUUAUGAAGAUGAAAUCGUACCUGACUUUAGAACUACAACAAAGCGACCAAUCGACACCACGACACCAGAUCAUCAAGAAAUAUUCCCUGAUAGGAUACCGAAACACCCAUUCGGUGAGGUAUCUCCAGCUAUGGCUAUGAUAGUACCACCAGAACCAGAAGAUGAUGAAGAUGAAAUCGUACCUGAUUUUAGAACUACAACAAAUGAACCAGCUUUUCUUCCAGCGAUGGCUAUGGUGGUACCGCCUGAAGAAGACGAUCCUACAACGAUUUCGACAACCAUAUUAGUAACUACUCCUUCAACUAAAAUUACCACUCCUUCAUCAACAAUUUUUACUACACCAUCAACUAGUACUACUCUAUCUACAACCUCUUCCACAAAUAUAACUUCUCCAUCGACAACGAAAUCGACUACUUUAAGUACUCCGUCUACAACAUUAACGACUCCUGAUUUCAAUCGUAAUCAAGAAGAAGAAACGAUCCCAACUACAAAAACCACAACUGUCAUUCUAGUUACAAAAGCUACACCAACAACAACACCCCCUGUUCUAGAACAAAAAUUAACCCCAACUACAAAAACAACAACCGUCAUUCCAAUCACAAAAGCUACAUCAACAACAACGAAACGACCUUUUAUAGGGAUUGGAUACUUACCACCGGACCCCAAAACUACUUCGACAACAACGGGCGAACCUGGUGAUACGCAAACCUAUCCUGCUGCGGGAGCUGAUGAAGUGCCUCCAGAACCUAAAUGUAAUCCAUUGGACCCAAGCACUUGGCCCACGUUAUACGAGCAACGACAAUAUGGUGAACUACCAUGUGCCCCAGUCAGAACUACCACACCACGAAUACCAACUCCAGCACCGGCUAGAGCUGAAAUAGUGCCUCCAGAACCGGAAUGUGAUCCUUUAGACCCAAGCACUUGGCCCUCAGAAAUCGACCAACGAGAGUUUGGCGAAACUCCUUGUGCGCCUAGUGUAUCUUCAACGACUACGUCAACGACAAGUACCACUUCGACUACGCCAUCUACUACCACUUCACCUUCUACUACCAUUUCUACUACACCUUCUACUACUACUUCAACUACACCUUCUACUACCACGUCGACUACAACAACAACUACGACUACGCCAUCUACUACCACUACGUCAACUACACCUUCUAUUACGACUACGUCAACUACACCUACUACCACGUCGACUACAACUACUACGACUACACCAUCUACUACCACUUCUACCACGCCAUCUACUACCACUUCUACUACACCUUCUACUACUACUUCAACUACACCUAUUACUACCACAUCUACUACUACUUCAACUACACCAUCUACUACCACUUCUACUACACCUUCAACCACCACUUCAACCACCACAACAACAAUAAAACCACCAUAUAUAGGUCGUGAAUAUUUACCUCCUACCAACCAUACCUACAACGUACCGCCAUCCCCAGCAAGGGCCGAACCAGUCCCACCAGAACCAGAAUGUGACCCUCUAGACCCCAGCACUUGGCCUUCAGAAUUCGACCAAAGAUAUCAUGGAGAAUCACCCUGCGCCCCGAACAUAACAACUACCAAACCACCAUAUGUAGGUCUUACGUAUCUACCUCCAGAUGACUGUAUAGUAAAGAAGAGAAAGCGUAGAUCGUCUGAGGUGACGCUAAGAUUAGGAGAUGUUAAGGGAACUCCUCGGCCUGUCUGGUAUGCUGGUAUAUAUAGGAAGAUCACGGACCCCUACUUCCCUAUAUGUGGAGGAUCGAUAGUUCGAGAGGAUGUUGUUAUAUCAGCUGCUCAUUGCUUCUGGGACGACGUCGUGGGGUUGCAGCCAGCUCACCAAUUCGCGGUCGCGGCCAGCAAGAUCUACAAACCUUGGAAAGAUCCUAUGGACAAAAAGGCGCAGAAAUCUGACGUACUGGACAUCAAAAUCCCCGCUCGCUUCCUCGGGGUGAAGACCAGCUUCCAAGAAGAUAUCGCCAUCCUGAAGCUGGCAACACCAUUCAAGUAUACCCGAGGAGUACGGCCCAUCUGUGUAGACUUUGAUGAUGAGUUCGACCGACAGCAGAUGAAGGCUGGGCAUCGGGGCACGAUUGCAGGCUGGGGCCUCACAGACUCCGUUGGCACGCCGACGCAGCGCCUGCUGUGGCUGGAGCUCCCAUACAUUGAGAUAGAGAAGUGCAUCCGCGACUCAGAGGACGCUUUCCUCAAGUACAUCACCUGUGAUAAAGUGUGCGCUGGCGAGAAUGACACAGGCAAAGCUCUCUGCAAGGGCGACAGCGGCGGCGGCCUCGCCUUCUGGUCCGGAACGGCCGAGCACGCCACGCCGUACCUGCGCGGCAUCGCGUCCACCGCGCCGUCCCCGCACAACGCCGAGUGCAACGUGUACGCGUACGGAAGCUUCACGCACGUGCGCGCGCACAGGACAUUCCUGCGUGAUCACGUGUCUGGGAUCGAGAAUUGCCAGUUUUGGGAAUAAAUGUGUUCAUAAUUAUGCUCAA